AAAGUUAAUACAAUCAAUUGUUCAGCUGAAUUAAAAUUUGUCACUUUUUACCUAUACUUGACAUUUGACAAAAAUGAAGUCUAGCCUACCUACAACAAUUUUUUUUUUAAACGCAGGCUGAUUACUGAUAGCAUGAAAAAAUAUCCAACUACAUUGACACCUCUUUAGUGUAGGUAUUUUGUACACAUCAAUUGCAUUCACGACGUCGUCUGAAGAAAUGACAUCUAUAGGAAAUUGAAAAAUUUUCAAGUUAAAAAAAUACCAUCAUGCCAGAUCAAAAGAAAACCACAAAGGGCGGUGAUGAGGUGUUUGCAGAUACAAAAAAAUCAUUUUCUUCUAAGCAACAUAAACAAUCGGCACCACUAAAUUUAAAAAAUAUAAAGGCAAGAGUUGAUAAAAUUCAUAUUGAUGGGCUGUCUCGAACAAACCAAGAUAUUGUAAAAUCACAAAUUAAUGAAUUAUUCAAAGCCCAAGAUUUUCAAGAUAUUAUUAUUAACUCACAUAAUGUUCGAGGUAAAUUAGAAUCCUUAGGAUGUUUCAAAAAUAUAGGCGUUUAUAUCGAUACCAGCAAAGGACCUAAUGCUACACCUGAUGGAGUUGAGGUUACAUUCACUGUUCAUGAAUUCAAAAGGCUAAUGGGUAACAUAAAUACCAUGGUUGGAAAUAAUGAAGCUUCUCUUCUUAUUGGUGCCAAAGCUCCAAAUUUAUUUGGUAGAGGCGAACGAUUGCAAAUGGAUUAUUCAUAUGGACAUAAAAACUCAUCUAACAUAAAUAUAUCUGCUGUAAAGCCUUUUUUUCACGAUAAACUGUACAAAGCUCUAACAACAAGUGUCUACACUACAACAGCUGAUUUUCCAUGGUCUGGUUAUAAAGAAAAUGAUAUGGGCUUCUUAUUGGAAUUUGCUUUCAAUGCUAAUGAAACUGAUUCCUUUAAACACCAAAUUCAAUAUGAAGCAGUAGUCAGAGAUCUCACAGCAGUAAGACAAGCCACUUUUAAAGUGAGAGAGCAGUGUGGUCCUACUUUAAAGUCAUGCAUUCGACAUAUUUGUAAAGUUGAUAAGAGAGAUGAGCAUAUUUUUCCAUCAUCAGGAACAUUAGUUCAAUGUACAACAGAAUUAGCAGGAUUAGGAGGAAAUAUAGGCUUUGUAAAAAAUGAAUUAGCUGUUCAAAGCAAUUGGUCACUGCAUGAAAGUCUAAGUUUACAAUUAUCAGCUCAAACUGGUUUUUUGAGGGGAAUUAAUAAUGACAUGAAGUUGAGCAUCUCUGAUAACUUUUUCCUUGGUGGGCCUAUGAAUUUGAGAGGUUUUGACAUAAGAGGCUGUGGUCCAAGGGAAGAAGGCUAUGCCUUGGGUGGCAAUACUUAUUGGGCAGCUGCUUUACAUGCAUACACUCCACUCCCAUUUAAACCAGGCAAAAAUAGUUUUGGUGAACUUUUUAGAUUACAUGGAUUUGUAAAUGCAGGAAAUAUAAACAAUGUAUCUUUUAAAUUAGGAAGCAACUAUGAGGAUCAUAUGAAAAUUUUCACCGAAAACAUUCGUUGUGCCGCUGGAUGUGGUAUUGCAAUGAAAUUAGGAAAUAUAGCAAGAGUAGAAUUGAAUUUUUGUUUGCCUUUGAAAUUUUUAAGGACAGAUAUUCAACAACAAAUCCAACUUGGCUUAGGUAUUCAAUACUUAUAAUUUGACGUAAAGUUCAUAAUAAAAAAUGUUUUGUUUCUGAAGUUUA